GGUGUACAACGUCCACCCCUCCAACCCCUUAAUUCGUCGAUUUUCUUGGCCGGCUUUCAAGCCGUUCGCCGUUCCCUCCGCGGUUACUCGACCGGCGGGUCGGCCUUUGUCUCCUUUCUGUUCUUGGCGGGCAUCCCUUCAAUCGGUAUCGGUGGCUGCAAGGUUCCGAGGGUCUCCUAGGAGAGCAGCCAUUGUUUACGACCCUUCGUCGGCGCGUGCGUAUUUCGCAAUCGCCCUCGACUCCGUAUUCUCUCUUCAGCUGACGGACACAGGCCAGAGAUUCACUGGAGCUCGGCAAUCCCUUCUUCGUUUCAUGCACUCGCGUUCCAAUUAUCCUUAGGCUCUUCCAGUUCCCUUUCGUUCGUGGGACCAAGUUGACCUGUCACGUUCUUUCCGGACUCCGACGAAACUGAUACGGUCACGUGCACCGAUACGAUUGCUCUUGCACCGUGUACGUCCUUUGCUUCUAGACGUUACUUAUUAUUUAUGUCAUUUCUCUCUCCCUUCAUUUAUUUGCUCGAGAAUUCCCCCGACGAACGACUCGUCUCAUUCUAACCCUUUAUUUAUUGCCGAUUUUCUCACGAUACUGUAUUAAUUUGAAAUCUAUUCUGAAUUUCAACUCCACGUCUCUGAAGUUCAAGUUUUGUUUCUUUCGGAAGUCUGUUGGAGACAACUCUAUAUGGUGAUACAAGACCAAGAUGGACGUCUAGAUUUUAAAAAGUUUAAAAAAGUUCAGUAAAUAAAGAGUUAGAAUGAACCGAGUUAGGUUUUGCUGGAGACGAUCCAACGACGCGUAUACCAGCGUCGCGUGGGUCUUGCGCCGGUGACGAUGAAGCGGUCGUUUCCCGAAUUCGAGGAGACCGGAACGGAAACGCCCGACGGAUUUUCGUCAUCGUUUCCACCGCGCCCAACGUGUUAACGUCACGACGAUUUCGAAGGGGUCGCAGCCUUCAACGGUCCGGCGUCUGCGCAGACACCGACGUCCCCGGCCGCGACUUUUCUCCGUUCUCAUCCCUCUCUGCGGCCCGAUUCACCAACCCCCCUCGACCGCCGAGCGAACGGUCAACCAUGGCGGUGGCAUCCGGAAGAUGCAGUCAUUGCCUUCGGGUUCUUCGAUUCGCUGCGCUUGCGCACCCUCCGCGCAACCCCCUUUCGCGAGAUUUCCAUUUUUCUUCCGACGCCGCAGCUUUUUCCGUCUUCUCCCUCCAUUUCUCGUCAUCGUCCGCCCCCUCCCGACGGCAUUCAGCGAUCGCGACAGGGCGGUGGGUGCAGUCGUUGCCUCUCCCCAGCGCCUGCGUGCAUUCCAACGUCGCGUUUCCCGUCUCGCUCUCCAUCGUUCGCCGUCUUUGUCUCUUCCUUCUGCUUCCGUUCCUCCCUCGCGACUCCCACCCCUGCGAGCCUGGCCAGAACCAGCGCCGUCGGGGGCGGCGGCGGCGGUGGCCAGAGGGUGCAGCGAUUGGCGGCGGUGGCUGGCUCCGUCAGUUUAGUUACCGCACCACAUAAAGGCAUUGCGUUGUAGACACCGUUAUACCCGCAACAUUCUUACUAUUUGCUUGUACAUCUGUCUUCAUUUCUUGAACCCUUUAAUUCGACCAAAAAAAAAAACAAAAACAAAAACAAAAAAAAAACAAAAAAAAAGCCAAACAAACAGAAAAAUUUCAACGAAAAACUACCGUUCCGUAUCGUUGGUACAUGUACCAGUCGUCGUCCUCACCGAUCUAUCCGUAUACCGAUCAUUCUUGCUUUCUCCCGCCCACGUGUCAACGAGAUAUAACCGAGAAAACCGUGUGUCUGUGUUCCAUCGCACGGCGAUACUAAAACCGGGUUAAAAAACAAAACAACAACCGACAAAUAAGAAAAGAGUUAACGAACGUUAAACGAAAGAAAAAUAAAGAAAAGAAAACAAGAAACGACAGCAGCGAUAACCACCCGACGAAAGAGAGACGAAGCAAUCGAAGCAAAUCAAUCGAUCAACCGGGGAAGAUACACGCCUUCGCCGAACCGACCACGGACCGUUCAUACGUUGUUCCACGUGCGCCUUCGUCGGGAUUCUUAUAUGAUUUCGUUCGUCCCUCUGGACCACCCUUCCUCGAUCCCCUUUCUUUCUCCCUUCGCCCCCUGGACCCUAACCGACUAGUCGACGGAUCGUUCGAUCUCGAUCGACGGGCGGGCACGCUUCUCUCGGAUAUCGCGUUAAGAACGCGAAACGAAUCGCGCGGAACGUCGGCGCGUUAUCUCGGGUGCGCGAUCGGUUUACUGGUGACGCAAAAGGCAACGGAAUCCUCGUCUGGAAGAUCCUUUAAUCGGGAGAAGAGGCCCUGCGGAACGAAAAGAGAGAAAGGCACGGACGAGAAAGGGCGAGGUAGAGGGAGAGAGGAGAGAGCCUUAGUGUCGGCCGGUGGGAGUGAAAAAGAGACACUUGGAGGGUGUGUUCCGCGAUUUCGUCGUUCUUUUUUUCCCCAGUCCGUUUAGCCGGAAACGUUAAGGAAUCGAAGUGUUUCUGCGUGAAAAACGUCGUGAACCGCACACGGGCUCGAUUGUUCGAACGGACGAGCUGGAAAAAAGAAAAACCGUCGCCGACGUCGCGGCCGUACGGAACUAGUGAGCAAGAGACACGUUCGAGGAAUCUCGGGUAACUGUCGGGUGAUUGCACCGGUGAUCGCGGAACUCGGACCCGGUUAAAUCGUCGCCGUAAAAAGUCGUUGCGCCCCGAGGAGAGAUAAACGAGAAAACGGUGCACGCGCACGCACGGUCGUCGUUUAAAAGGAAACUAACCACAAAAACGAACGAGCAUCGAAACGAAUUAAUAAUAGCAAAUAAUUCUAAAACUAACGGUAAACGAGAUACUAGUUAACAUAGAUAAAAAAUUAAACGGGAUAACCUGUAUUCUAAAAUAGUAAGAAAAGUAACUUAACCCACCGUCGUUUCGUUCUACGCCCAGAUAUCGGCAUCCUCCAACCACUGAUUUUCAUCGUUAACCGGUAUGUUCAUUUGUUUCUUUACUUUCGUUGCUUCUGUGAAUUUCUGACGUUCGAAUUAUUAUUAUCGUUCUAUUCUUAUAUUGUUAUAUUAUUGUUGUUAUUAUUACCGUUAUGAUUGCAAAGUAUUAAUUAUCGAUCUCUGUGUACAUAGAUCUAUGUGUUUUUGGUAAGCGCGCGCUAUCAGGUGCCGAUCAUUAAUAUAUGUUUGAACCCCCAUCACCCCGAAACAUCCUCGAUACAGGACCAAUCGAAGGAUCCCUUUCGGCAGCCAUCGUCAUUCUCCUUUCUCGAAACCCGAUCACGUCGCGCUCUCUUGGCCGAAACGGGGUUGCUUUAUUAGUUUCGAUCGAUACCCGCUUCGAUAAUCGUAAUUCGUCGAGGAUGAAGUAGUCCGUGGGGGUGUCCGAGGAGACGUUCGCGUUCCCGAUACUGCUGAAAAUACUUGGAUAGAGUAUUUAUAUUUUUAUUAUUUUAUCCCAACGGGUUCUCGAUACCGUCGGAAAAUUUCUCCUUGGUUCGUCGUUUAAUUUCGAUCCUUUCUGCGGGUAAAUUGUGCGGUCGAGGGAUCGCGAGCGUGUCUGCGCGACGUUUAGCGCGUUUCGAACGCAGGAUUAUCGACGAGACGAGGUGGAAACGUAUCAGCGUGCCAGCAGCUGACGUUUUCAACGGCGCAGUAUCGCGGGUCGGAGAAGUUUUGGGCGUGGCAGCCGAAAGCAACGCGGCCACGAGAUCGCGAUCGUGCUCCGUCGCGUUCCUUUCGUCUCUUUCAGUUGUGAUCCUUCCUCCUUCUAGAGCAACCCGGCCUGAAAAAUGAAAAUAACAAAAAAUGAACCAAAAAAAAAAAGAAAAAAAAAUCCAAAAAUCAAACGAACCGAUCAAAGAAACCACAAAAAUGAAAGAAAGACCAAUCACAUGGGAGUUUUAAAAAAAGAAAAGAAAGAAACGUCUCAAGGACGGUCGAUCGAGUGCGAAAUGAGUUCGGUAACAGGAUAUGACGGAAAGCGGCGAGAGUGUGCAUGAAGGAUCAAGCAGAUCCAGGAUGGAGCAACUGGCACUGCGGGUCCUCGUCGAGGACAAGCAGGAAGUCUCGAGAGGGACGCUUUCGUCCGCGAUGAUGGCCUCGAUCACAAUGGUUUUUUCGACGAAAAUUCCCGGCCUGGAAAUAUCAAAGAUUGACCGAGGGUUGGGAGACCUGGUAGGAGGAUGAUAGCCGGAGAGUGGAACAGAGGAGGAUAGAAAAGCGACGAGUGGGAGAAAGACCGGGUCUAGCUAGUUGGGGAAGCUCGUAUUGAUCGUUCCUGGGUCCAUGUGACGCGCCUGCGUUUCGCCGUGGGAUUUCGUACGUAGUUAGAGAGAAUCCGGUAAAAGAGUGCAAUGAUGGCGAACGGAAUGGACACGGUUGUGCAACAAAAUGGUGGUUCCACCCACGGGCAGACCUCGCAGGAAGAGUCGAAGACGAAUCUCAUCGUGAACUACCUGCCGCAGAGCAUGACCCAGGAUGAGAUUCGAUCCCUCUUCGCGAGCAUAGGCGAGGUGGAGAGCUGCAAGUUGAUCCGCGACAAACUCACCGGUCAGAGUUUGGGUUACGGUUUUGUUAACUAUCAUCGGCCGGAGGACGCUGAAAAGGCCAUAAACACGCUCAACGGUCUUCGUCUGCAAACUAAAACGAUCAAGGUAUCGUACGCGAGACCCAGCAGCGAGGCGAUCAAAGGCGCGAACCUUUACGUGAGCGGUCUGCCGAAGAACAUGACGCAGCAAGACUUGGAGAAUCUGUUCAGCCCUUACGGCAGAAUCAUCACGUCGCGGAUACUCUGCGACAACAUCACCGUACGACAGUUUGUGACCGGCGGCGGAGACUAUUUGCCCGGAUUGUCGAAGGGGGUCGGUUUCAUAAGGUUCGACCAGCGGGUCGAGGCCGAGAGGGCGAUCCAAGAAUUAAACGGUACCAUUCCGAAGGGCUCGACCGAGCCGAUCACCGUCAAGUUCGCCAACAAUCCGAGCAACAACAACAAGGCGAUACCGCCGUUGGCCGCCUAUCUGGCACCGCAGGCGACCCGACGAUUUGGCGGCCCGAUCCACCAUCCAACCGGCCGCUUCAGGUACAUUCCACUGUCGCCACUAUCCAGCACUGGCAAGGCCAUGCUUGCCAUUAACAAAGGCUUACAGAGGUACAGCCCGCUGGCAGGCGAUCUCUUGGCGAACUCGAUGCUACCCGGGAACGCGAUGAACGGUUCCGGUUGGUGCAUCUUCGUCUACAAUCUCGCCCCCGAGACCGAGGAGAACGUGCUGUGGCAGUUGUUCGGUCCGUUCGGCGCCGUCCAGUCGGUCAAAGUGAUCCGCGACCUGCAGACGAACAAGUGCAAGGGAUUCGGUUUCGUGACGAUGACCAACUACGACGAGGCGGUGGUCGCCAUUCAGAGCCUGAACGGUUACACGCUCGGUACACGGGUGCUUCAAGUCAGCUUCAAGACGAACAAGAGCAAGACGACGUAGGACGAGCAACACCAUCGCGCAACGGCCCCUGUAGGUGUGCCAGCGGUCAUGAUCGCAUCAUCGACCGCUUCAUCGACCGUUACCGUGACCUCGGAUACCUCCGCGACCGUUACCGUGACCUCGGAUACCUCCGCGUCCGUAACCGUGACCUCGGAUACAACCACGACCGUGAAUCUCCACGACCGUGACCGGGCCAACUACAGGAAGUCGGGCUAUCAUCCGAAGAAACUCAAACCUUACAGAAGCACGUGGCUCGACUUUGUCGAAAACAUCGGCGAGGAGGAGAGGGUUACCUGGUUGGAGGCACUCGAAGAUUUAAACUUAUGAAAAAUGCACGGAUCUUCGCGCCCGGCUCGAUAGUAUACCCGGCAAGGGUGACGAAAACUAUUCCUUGAGAAAUGCCAUCGACGUUACCCCCGAAACGAGGGGUCUAUCAACAACUAGAAUUAACGAAGAAACGCGUAAGAAAGGACGAAAACUUAACAUAGACGAGCUAACACUCGCGGAAAGGUGCCCGGUCGUUCCGAAAGCUCCGAAAAGCUGAAGGACAAUCGCAGGGCCCGAUCCUCCCAGUAUUCCAAGAACGACUGCCAACGAGAGAUCCGAAACACGUUGUUAUCUCCAAGGGAAAACUGUUCGUAUUCCCUUAAUUAAACAUAUUUCAAGCAUCGUAACCGCGCCCAGAGUCGCGUCAUAUUCAUCCAAGUAUCGUUAGCUCUCGAACCAGCUGUCGAUGGCAUUUCGAGAACAAAAUUUUCGCGAGCCCCGCGGUAUACUCCCUCGAUCCGUAGAAAAAAAAUAUCCGUGCGAUUCCAUUACGAAUCGAACAAUCUUGCUAACGAGAUGCUGAUCGAGUCCGUAGAGCCGACGGAAGAGAGAGGAGGGGAGAGAUUCAGGGUGCAAACGUACACGUGCGUGUGUCUGUCUGUGUCUGUGUAUGUGUGCGGCGGGACGGGGGAGGAGGUGAGAUAGAGAGGAAGGCGUGAGAGUAUGGUACGUGCUGCGUGCGUGUGUAUGCGUGUAUCUGCGCGAGAGGGAGCAAGAGGGUCGAAGAGGAGACCGUCGAGAGGAUCGGAGGUAGGUCGCGAUAUCUUGAUAUCCGUAGACCGUGGCUGCGGGAAAAGCCGAAGGCCGACGGAAGGAUAACGGAGGAACGAGUCGUUACCUUUUCGUUCCUCUUAUCGUUGGCCCUCUGUUCUUUUUUUCCAAAUAUCGCUGGUUUCUUUUCUCCCAGCUCACCGCGCGAUCGAGGGGAAACGCGAGGUCGUUCGAAACGCGACGUUCGUCGCUCGAUUCUCGACUCUUGCACGUACGUAUCGUUGGUUUAUGUAUAUGUGCACGAUCGAUGAAGAACUUUGCACACGGGGCGGGGGUGGGGCGGGGGUGGGUAGAGACGGGGAACGGGGGCGAAAGAUACGAUCUCCGGUCAGUACACGACACGCGAUCCUCGAAUCGCAGCUUCCGGCGGUCGUUUCCUUUCACCCCUGCACGACACCAAAGAGUCACCGACGUCAGGCUGUGAGACUGAAACGGAAUUCGAGGAGUAGAAGACUAGACGAACGUACCAGCGGCUUUCCAGCGACCAAGCUGUUCGGUCGAGACCAGUUUUCUCAUCGAACGUCGCUGAUAUACCUGUAAGGUAACGACGCGCGUUCGAGGAGUCCGGAUUCAAGGGUACGGGCGAAUUCUAUCGGUUCGGGCCGAAUCACUUUGGUCGCAAACGUCCGAGUAGAUGGUCCCCGAACGGAUGUAUAACUCGCCGCUACUCCGAAUGCGAUCUCUUCGAACUUUAACUCGGAUAUUACCGAAGUAUCUUCGCUAGGUUCCUUAAAUUAUCGAUAAACUACACGUAAAGUGUAAUUGAAAAAUAAACUCUAAUCUCUAAUUAUAGUUGGUCUACAUAGGCAAAGGCUAGGUGUUUUUGCAACGAUGUAGUUCGCAUCGGCCAUAUUCGGAGGACGACAGCGACACAUGGCUAACGGCCAUUUUCUCGCGCAUGGCGAUGCACGAAAAGACACCUUAAACAGGGGUAGUUGCGUACGCGGGAACGUGGCGCCAUCCAACCAAAUUUCUUCACAGUGAUCUCAUAAUCUAUAAUAUCAAAGCGACGAUUCUAGACGUAACGCGCUCGAAGAAGCGACGUCUCGAGAAUGAUCCUUGCACCGGAGGCCAAAGACGGGCAAAAUUCGAUACGAGUUACUUGUAUUACCAUUCCAUAAUUGAAAUUCCAACGACUAUAUUUACGAAUUGACCUUUUCGUACUCGAUACGCGGUCCGAGUGAAUUAAUAACUCGCUUCGUGGGGUUGUCAAACUUGAGGAGAAAGUCGCUGAUUUACCCGAUCGUGUUCACAAUAUUUAUUCGAACAUUAACGAGUGCCGACUCGUUCGCCUUCCUGUUCGUUGUUUUUAACCUGACAAGAAUUCGGCCCGAUCUUUGGCGGGAGCACGGCUCGAGAAUGAUUCCGAGCGAGAUACCUCGCGUUUCCUGAUCGACGUGAGCGUGCCAGAGGGAAAAAGAACUUGACGGGAAGAUCCGGUAGUAGUAGGUGGUCGUAGGUUCGAGGAGUAGCGAGCAAAGCGGGAAAAAGAGUGGCGAGAGAAAGGAUGGACACAGGCCGUGAGCGAGGACGGGACGGGGACGGAUCGAUCGAUCGAUCGGCGAAGGAGGCUCUGGUCGGGUCUCUCGCGCCAACGACUACGAAACCAAAGAAAUAACCGAAUGAGGGAACGAUUUGAUUCAGCCUGUGAAGCUAACGUACUUAAAUCUAACUUCUAAUCCGUAGUUGAAUUAAGACGUCGACGAGUAAACGGAGAGACGGAAUCUAUAUUAUCGUAAGCUAUUUAAGAAGAUACAUUUAGGGGCUCACGUGCAUACGAGGGAUCUCGAGAUAUCCGCGAGACUAACGAGGACAUCGAGACACUCGACCCGAAGGAUUACGUCGUUCGUAACGUAAACCAUCAGCUGUACUUUUCUUUUUGUUGCUAGUCAGACUCUUGUACUUCUCUGUCGGUUCUGUCCAAAGAGACCCAACGGUCGUUCGUUCGCGCGAACAACGGGGACCUUCUUUCUUAGUAUAUAUAUACAUACAUAUAUAUAUAUAUUUUUCUUUUUCUUUUGUUCUUUACGUAUAGACGAUGUUAGCUAUAGUACAAAGUGCUUUCUCGAGCGCGCAAGUCUGAUUUUACCGAGCGUUUACGGAGCUUCUUCUGAAAGAGUCCAUCGAGUGUGCACCGUGCAAACUCCGAAGACAGAGAUAAACGGUACGCCGCCCCGAAAUACUCCGAUUUUUAUAAUUACCGAACGUGGAUUCGUUCGUCGCUUUUCCUUUCUUUUGUUAAAAACGAAAAAUACAUAAAAAAAAAAAAACCGUCUAACGUACAAAACGAUAUUCAGUAACGAGACGCGUGCGUCGCCGAAAACGGAAACCGAACGCGCGCGAAGUUAAGAAUUUUACGAAUCGUAUACACGCUCGAAACGGUGCGCACGGUCGAUACCGAUCGAGAAACGAACGAGAUCCAAUUUCGAUCGUCGGAACACGUGUCUAGUCCUACGUGCAAAGAGGCGGUCCCCGCGAGACAACAGGGCAGACUUUUUAAGCGUAGCAAAAGGUAAUCAGACAGGAUCGAUAAGAAGGCGCGAUUUAGGCGAUAACGAAUACGUAAGAUAAGCGAACCGUUUUUCGCUCGCGCUAAGUCUGGCGACUAUUCGCAGAGAUCCGAGGCGGUGUAGCGGGUGAAAAUUUUGCUCGCGCGACGAUACGGGAGACGUUCGCGUUGGAUAGGAAGCUCCGGAAGGAGAACCUAGCUCCGAUCUCAGGCUUGCACACAGGACACGGGAGAUCUCGAUGCGUCGUCGCCGCGAGAAGGCGCGAGCGAGCGUUUUGUAAGUACUUAAUCGUGAAUAAAGCGACGAUUUCUUAAGCUCUUAGAUUUAGCGUAUAACGUGAGAGAGAAGAAAGCGUAGCGUGUAUAUGUUGUCCUAUUUAUGUGUACCUUCUUGUGUCUAGUCCUGGGAACACGGCGCAGGCAUCCUCGCGGCCGAGCGGAGCAAGAAACGGCUCCGUGGGGGCGGUUAGAGGGUCUGCGUCCCGUUUUCCCGUAAACGUAAUUUGAACCUCGAGCAACAAAUGCUAACUGCUAAGAUUUUAUUUUAUUUAUUUGAAAUACCCCGACGUCGGAUCGUUCGUUGGCACGGUUCCCGCGCGAACGACGCGCCCGGUCCGCGUCGGGGGCGAAGAGGAUCUCGAUGAUUAGUGCAAAUUAUUAUACACCGUGUGACGACGCAGUGCCGUCGUCGCGUGCAUUGGCGUGUAGAGGCAGCGAGGAGAACGGAUUCGACUGACCGCGAGCCACCCUUCGUUAUUCGACGCCUUCGUCGAUAAGACGAUCCAGCUGGACGCUGUUCGUACGCGAUUCACGAGAUUCUAGGCACGAAGAACGAAGGGCGUGUCGCGUUUAGAAAUUUUCCCCGUGACCUGGCGUGCGUUUACGUACACCGCGCGCCGGUUACAUUUAUUAUUAUAAACGAUUAAUCUUCUCCUUCUCAUAAUUAUUAUCAGUAUAUUAAUUACACUUAUUAUUCUGGUUAUUAUUAUUAUUAUUAUUAUUAUUACCAUCGUCAUCGCCAUUAUUAUUAUUAUUAUCUUUAUUAUUAUUAUUAUUAUUAUUAUUACUAUUAUUAUCAUUGCUAUUAAUUAUGGUCGUAUAUAUUUUUUGUGUCUCUCGUCUAGUAGCUACGUGUAACCUUAACACCUUAUUACUACUUACUUUCGUACCACAACAAAGUGAGAAAAGAAAAGUCUUACACUACUUUCACUUUUAACAUCAGCUACAUUCUUACCACCCGCUAUAUAACAUACUUACUAUAACUACCACCAACCACCACUACCGCUAUUACUACUAUUACUACUACUACUACUACUACUACUACUAUUACUACCGAUUAUUUAUUUAUUUAUUUAAUUAUUAUAUAACAUAACAGAAAUUAUGUUUUAUUUAAGGAUUAAACUGAUUUGUGUUUGGUUCGAAUACGUCGUUCGUUUUAUUUCGAUUACUUGUUUCAGUUGCCACCAAUCCGCCAGCCAUGUCCGACCCACCCCUACGGGCGCAUCUACAUUUUUAUCCAUCCCCGUAAAACUUCUUCCCGGCAUUCCUCGUUACUCGGACCGACGUGCCCGAGACCCAAUGACACGUGUUUGUGUGCGUGGCUGGGCGAGUGCGUGUGUGGCGAUAUUCGAGCGAUUCGUCGAGCUGUGAUAAACGUCAUCGUCGCGUCGCCGUUUCUCGUGGGCGAGCCUAUGGAACAUCAGAAGAGCAUUAGGACGUUACCUAAAUUCCAAUCGGACGCACGCUUUCUUCGAGUAACGAAGCUCCCUUAACCCUUUGCACUCGACAACAGUAGAGAGAGCUAAAAAUUUCGACGACUGAACAUUCUUCUACCAUGAUUGGAGCGUCGUGGAAAUAAAGUUUCAUACUACUCUAAAGUGUACCAGUUUGCAGCUUAGAAACCUAUUUGUGAACCAGUAUCGCUACGAACAGUUCGAGAUUCAACGAAAUCUAAGAUCUAAAACAAAGACCGUCGCUUCUAAGUCGCCCCUCAAGUGCAAAGGGUUAAUUUCGAUUUGCCAUCGUGGAGCAACGCCGGAUGGGACCGUUCCAUCGUCGCCCACGUUCGCAGAGAUUAGAAGCGAGACGAACGAAGGUUCGCGAUACUUCGGAGGACAAGACGAGGACGUAGUCCCUCGAACCGCGUCGAAUGUCGUCGAAUGGUGGAAACGAACGUCUCCGUAAACAGAGGAUUCAGAAAGGGACGAGACCUGCAGCUCGAACAAUCUCGAAGACGGACUAUCAUCUGUCACGUCCGUGAAAAUUCGCGUGCUAACAUCCCGAACGAAAAAGCUUCCACCUGUUAAAGAUCACCGCGCUGCGUCUCAUUUCUUUCGCGAAACGAGAGACAUCUCUCCCCUGAAGCUGCUCAAUUUCGCGCACAGUAUAGUAAGGCCAAAUGGCUUCGACGAGCCAUAGAGACGCACAACGCAAUGAGAAUCACGCACCGACGGAUAGAGACAGAGAUCCUUUUUAAGCCACAUUCCCACGCGUUCGGUAAGUGGAAACGGCCUGUAGACCUCUCCAGAGGCGAAUAAUCUCUCAAGGAUGUCUUUCAAGGAAUUUUAAUCACAAACACUUUAAUCAAGGAACCCUUUGCACUCCACGUACACCACGACUUAACUAGUGUCUCUGUUCCAACGCGAACUGGAUCAACGAAACAAAGGAGCAAGAUGUACGAGCGUUUAUACAUUUUUUUUACUAACAAGGAUACUUUUUUUAAUUUGCAGAAGCGGUGCCGCGUAUUUGCGCCCCUCGUAUUAAACGAAAUUAUCGGAGUGAAAAGGGCGAAUGCGACGAAUCCCUAGAGUCCUUGAAGAGAUUAUCGGCGUCGUUACGUGACGUGGGACUGUGACGUAACGCGUGCUCUGGCGCGUAGGUGGGAACGCGGCUUUAGCGCCCUGAUCCGUUCUCGCGGAUCGGGAUAGGCGAUCGAGAGGAAUCUGUGAGGCGGGCGAGUCCGAGCAGUAGAGAAAGGGAGAACAGAGAGAGAGCGAAGGGUAACACGCUAAUCAACUAAACUAUAGAACUAUAUUACCAUACUAGGUUAGAUAUUAUGCGCAUUGUAUUCAUGUAUCGAGUAAUCGUUGUUAGUUGUAUCGCUGCGACGACGACGACGAUAGGGGGUGCUUAUCGUUGAUAGAGUAGGGGAACACGGGUCGGACGCGUGUACAUGGAUACGUGCAUGCAUGCACGCGUAUCGAAGACGUAGCUAUACACGGGGGUCAGGUUAACGCGACGUCGGAUCGAGAAGAAGGUAAAAAAGACGCGUGGCCAUCCUCGACGAGGAGACGGAACGAUAAUUGCGCGAUUCGGGGCAGCCCGAGCCCCUUUUUCGGCCACUAAUUUUUCAACGCUAAAGGGGCCAACGACCUCGAACCUCGUCGCACAGAGUAGCACAAAGUACAUUUUAAGCUUCGGAAACGAUCGCGCCAGAAACGAAAAGACGUCGCUGUGAGUUCAAGCAACGCACAAUCGCUCUGUCCGCGUAGACAGUUUAUCCUUAAGACUCGUACGAUUCGAUCGGUUCGUCUUCGUUCGCGGUCGUUGCUAGAUGGAAGACGAACACCGUCUCAUUGUCACCAGUCUUCGACGCGAUCGUCGACGUUUCGGAGUCGCGGAACUUGGACGCGCGAAGGAACGAAUAAGGAAAUACACGAUCUUCGCUUAAAUCGAGGCGACCGAUUUUUAGCGGUAGCUUCUCUGACAUUCACAUUCGUAUCUCGCGAAGAAGAACCUUGCCGAUCCCUGGUCGGUCGUCUCGGCGACCUUGAAGGGCCGUACUUGCCACGUCCUGUUCGAUUCCUUCGCGGUCGCGGUUCCAAUCAGUCUUCAACGACAGGAGGAAACGGCACCAACCGCAUUCCGCGGCUGCGCUCGUCCUUUCCCACGAGUUCGGGGUGACGAGCAGAGCGAGCGAACCGAGAAACGAACGUAAAAGGGUGAAAUCCUCUUCCAAUUUGUACCGAAGCGACACGCAUACCGCAGAGACUGAGAUUUUAGGCAAAGUUAAUUAGCUCCGUGCAGGGAUACUCUUUCCCGUACCUUCCAGGGAACCAGAGUUCCUCGGGGACCAUCGUUUACGCUUUUCGGUGGACUUGAGAAAACGAACAGGAGCGUAGCACCUAGCGUUUAGAGAUUAAAUCGUGACACCCUCUCGCGGUUAGGAUAAAUCGAUCGAGCCUCGAGGUCGAGAGGACUCGUCCUCGCCACAAAGUUUACCGCGCUGCAACGAGACUCUAUCGAUCGUUCUUUUUUUCGUCGCUAGAAGCCCGUGACGAAACGCGACCGUUUGCACAAUUUUUUUCGUUUCAGUAAGACAAACGUAUUCGCAAUGAUCGACACGCUCCUUGCGUAACAACGCGGGCGGUAUUUAUCUUUAUAAAAAUAACGGCUACCUACGCAAACGAAUUCCCAAAAUUGUCAUUCGACGAUAAUUGAUCUCCUUGAUAAGGGCUACUUUAACUUUUUUCAUUCGCGAUCCCAUUUAUGAUUGCGACUUUUUUCGCAACCUAAAAUAUAUAAAACGAAGGUAUGUAAAUAUUUUGUGACGGUUUCUUGAUUAGGUAACGAUAUAUAUAAGUACGAAAGAAUAUAGCGUCGGAAUUCGUUUAAAAACAUACAAAAAUAUGAAGCUAAAAAUUGCACGAAAGGUUGUGAAAUUUUAUUUACUACAGUUACAAAAAUAACGUACCCUAUUUGUCGUCAAAACUGCAUUUUUUUGCAAUGACAUCAAGAAAAAAGAAAUAUCGAAGAGAAGAAAUAUCGAAGAGAGCGACCCAUAGUUUAAGAAGCCCUGUCCUUGAUCGAUGCCAUCGAAACAUCGUAUGUAAUUCGGUGAAAACAGGUUCGAUCGUCUCGUUCAGCGUCGCGACUUCUCGCGAUAGUAUUACCGCCCUUAGGAAUCUCUUUGGUAUUCUUCGCGUCGGUUUCUUCUCCGUUCUCGCGAUUCGAUCGGUUCGACGAUGUCCUCGAUCCUUCUCGAGAGUUUCGUUUCUACGUUGAAAGAAACCGCUCCGUGCAAUGGUUGUCCGUCUUUUCUUUCUCGAGGCAGGGAACGAAAGAGGGAGCCGUUUCUUCGACGACGAAGGCGGCGCACUCUAAUGCGAGCGGAAAACCAAAGGAAACAAGAGGGAGCGUGAAAAUGUGUAUGCGUGAGAGGAACAAACGGCGACGAAGUACGCGGUAUCCGUGAGAAGGGAAGGUUGAAAUUAUUUUAUGAUGCGAGUCAGCGGACGUGAGGAUAAAAAUGAGAGUGAGAGAAAGAAAGAAAGAAAGAGAGAGAGAGAGAGACACUACCGCGGCAAACAAAAGCAGAUCUAGCUCACCGUAGGCCUAACUAAGAAAAAGAUGAAAAGUAUUUAUAUACUAAGCUAACUAAUUAAACGGGCGAAAAAGUGGUGAAAGUGAGAGAAAGAGAGAGAGAGAGAGAGAGAGAGAGAGAGAUGCCUGUCGAGCGAAAAAAAAGAAAACAAAGACUAAAGAGAACGAGAGAGACUGAUCGCGUGAGUGAGUACGAGAGAGUGUGAGAGGGAUAGGGCGAAAGGAGAGAGGGGGUAGAAAAUAACUAAACGAGUACUCGAGAAAUUUUACUCCGUGGCGAGUAAAGCACAACGAUCAACAAAAAAAAAAAAAAAUGAAGAAACCGAUAACCACUCUGUAACAAAAGACGAAAAAAAUUAAAAAAAAAAGUAAUGAUAGGGGAGAUGCGCGGGUGGGGGGAUACAGAGGGUUAACGCGACGUUAGAGAAGAGGGGGCGGGGUGACAGAGAGCGAGGGAUACAGUCGGACGGAAGGCGACGAGAUGAAACAAGGGAGGGGAAAGACGGGGGCAGAGGGGAAGAAAGAGAUAAUCUAUAAUCUUCUGUACAUGUUUUGAUUAUUCUAAUUAUUAAUUAUCGUAACUUAUUAUAAUAACUAUUAAUUAAUUAAAUUAAUUGAUAUCUAUGGAACUGUAUUUAAACGACAAAAAAAAAACGUGGUAGCUAGUUUGUCAAUGGGUGUAUAAAUAUUUAAUUACGAUAAUUCUAUAGUGAUAUUAAAAGAAAAAAAAACAAGACAAACAAACAACAAACAAACAUACAGAAUACACCAAAAAAUGGAAAAAAUAAGUAAAUGUGCGUGAACGAGCUUUUGGGAGAAAGGUAGAGAGUACGCGCGAUGCUGAAUGCGAGAGAACGAGAGACAAAGAGCGAAAAAGCGAAGGCGAAUGUUUGAUAUACGCGACACGAACACACACACACACACACACCAGCAUCGAGAUGAUACACGAGCACACGUAAAAUUUCUUCAACUCAAAAAAAAAAAAACAAAUGAAACGAGGAAGGGAAAACGAGGGAAAACAAGAAGGAGUGAGAACCUGUGCGGGGAUGUUUAAAAUCCAAUAUUUUGGGGGGGCUGGUCAAACGGCCGAUAAUUAUAACGGGUGUCCAGGGAAUUUUCAUACAUUUGGACACUCGAAGUGAAUUUCACGGUGCUUCGUGGGGGGUGGGGGCUUCUUCCGUUUCGUUUCCUUUUCGUCGUUGCGCGUUUUAUUCCGCGAGGUUCACGCGAGAAACGUAACCCGGACACGACACACUCAUUUCAUCGACGUUUCUUUCGGGUAGAAAAUUAUCUAAGCGUCGAAUCUUUCGCGAUCCGUGAAAAGACUCGAGAAUUCUCCGGUUUCCUUUUAUUCGCGUUCGAGCAACGGCUGCGCUUCAGAGUUUCCCACUCUGGUUAAAUAAUUUAUAUUUUGCCGAGAACAAACGCUUGGUUAAACGGGGAACGGGUUGGGGUGCGGGGAUGGGGAUUCUUUCAAUCGAUAUUUUCAGCGAAUUCACGCGAUCGAGAGACGGAAAGACUGUCGGCAAUCAAUUGCUCAUAACCGAAACGCGAUGUAUAAAUUAUUUAAAAGAUAGCGGUGCAAGCUAUCGCCGUCGUGCACGAUCUAGAUUCUGAGAUAUCGAGCUCGGUGUUUCGCGACCCUCUCGACCCUCUGACCUUCGUUUCUCUCCGCUCUCGAAGAGUUCGAUUACUCGAGUGGAACUUUCGAAGGAAGAAGAGAUCAAUUUCGAUUUAAGGAGAAUGCCGUGACUUGAUAUUAAGGUGAAGAUGGAGCCCUCGUGGAUCUUACGAAGGCCAACCAAAACGUCCGACCCAAUGCAGGGCUCGAUCCUUUCAAGAACUGAUCUCUCUUUCUUCUAUCGAUACAUUCCGUGAAAAUGCACAGGCUUGCAACGACGAUUCGGAGGGUCGAGAGCGCAGAGCGCGCACCGAAUCGCGAUUAACACGUUGACGCCUGUGCGCGGUUCUCAGUGUCUUAGCCGCGAGGCGGCGCGGCAUCGGGUCGCAUUGUUCAGCACGAUGUAUGACCCACCGGUGGUGCAAGCCGGCGUGAACGUGUUAAAGCGUUAUUAGGACGAUUGACGCGAAGCGGAAGUAGGAAAGAUGCGUUUCAAGAGAGGUGCUUGUUAGAUCUCGAUGAUCUCGUAAUAUCGAAGAUACAUUCCAUCCGAGUACGAGGGCUCUCGCGCGGAAUAAAAGACUUCCUUUUCUCGUCUACGACUCUCCAUUCCGAACUGUGUUCGUUUCGAAGCCGUUUCCGUUUCUUUAUUCCUUGUAGCCUUUAAAUACGACGAUUUGUCGCGGUCAAAGAAUGCUUUCUCUCUUAUACCUCGCGGUACCGUCAAUCGCGAAUGGGCAAUAUUUGAUAAACGAAUAAAUUUAAUUCGUUCUACGGAGAACACGACCAUAUUAUUUACGUUUUACAUUCAUUUAUCGGGCGAAAUGUUCAAUUUAUUUAUCCAUUUCACAGGAAUAUGUCUGUUCUUAAAUUAAAUUCGAUCGUCUCCACGAAGAACGCAUUGGAAAUUGUUCACUUUGAACCCGUUAUUGAAAAUUUGUAUUUGGAUAAAAUUUCUGCCCAUGCGAAUACGUUCCAUUAAUUCCAGUCGAAUGUUCGUAACGGUACCGUACGGGUUGAGGAACACCUUCGACCGAGUAGACGAGAAUCGACGAAUUUUUCGACAUUCCACGACGCCCAGGCCCUCGGGGUACAAAAAACGUUGGCGUUAAAUCGUAUAUUAUAUUUAUACGCGUAUCUAAUUAUCGAUCUCGAACGGACGCGAUCCCGCGAGCCAUCGCCAAAUGACAAAUUUAUCCUUUCCUAUUGAAAGGACGGGGCAUUUCUAUAGGGAAUCGAAUGAAAGUUUAUUCGUCGACAGUAUUAAGAUAUAAGGGAACCUUUUUUCCGAACGGGGAACGAGCACCACGCUCGCGGAAUUCUUUCACGACACGCGAUGCCGUUUUCCCUGCGAUCCAACAAAUUACGAAUAGCCUGUUCAUUUAUUAGCUCAUCUAUAUUUCGUUGUCGUUUCGAUCGAGAUUAACGCGUUCACGCCGGCGCUGCUAUUUGCGUUUCUCGCCAUGGGGCGGCACGGUGGUACUCACCAUCUGAUAGACACGCAAACGUGAGCAACCCGUGGUACGCGCCGGCGUGAACGUCUUAAAUCAAGAGCUGAGAAUUUCAAGCGUAGACGUUUCUCGAAUUUUUGUUUCCAAACUAGAAACGCGACUCCUCCAUUCUUUUAUCUUCCAACGUCUUCGUUGCUGAUUGUACAAUUGUUUCUUAGUAAUUCGAAUUGUUCGAACGGCGUCGAGUUUCGAGAAGCGAUUCCCGCGGGCAAAAUCGACAAUUAUCAGCGCGGGUGAUCCCCGAAACGAUCGAUCUCCGCGCUCGCGGUGAUUCCGUAAUUACUAUUAUAAUACCAGAGAUUUUACCAUUACGAUAUUAUAACGUUGUAUGUGUUAUAAGUGUUCAUAAAAAAAGAGAAAAAAAAAAGGAGAAGUUAUUAUCACCCAGGAUGAAACGCAGAGCAAUACAUUUUCGUCGUUCGAAGGAAACGGUGACGUAGGGACGAGAUGAAAAACGAAAAAAAAAAAACAGAAACAAACGAAACGAAAUACCGCGCGGCUCCUUUUUUCCAUUUUUUCUUCUUUUUUUUGCGAUCGAAGAACCGUUACGAGACGGUUUCGUCGAGCCAAAACGAACAAAAAGUCGGGGACAAGUUUCGACGGUACGUUCCGUAAAAAUAUACAAAUAGAAUAAAAUAGGGAAAAAAAAAAUAAACAGAAAAAGGAAAGCGACGAGGCUCUCGUUGAUUUCCAAGGGAUCACGAUCGAAAUCACGCGGAAACAAUCUGUCCGAUUGUUACAAAUCGUCUUUAGAGAAACGUUUUACAGCUUUAAUGGGAAACAACCGUAGACGUAAACGAACGGAGGGCACUAAUUAAACAGAAACUAACAAUACUGAUAAUAAAAGACAAAACCUAAAAACAAACAAAAAAAAUAUUAAAGCGAGGGAAGAGCGUAAUGAAAGGGAAGAAGAACGAACGAUAACGCGAGAAAAAGUAUAGAAAUGUAUUAUAUCGAUCCAUUCGUUUCCACCCCGAAUCUUAUGUAACGAAUAAUAUAAUACUUUUCGAUUGUCGCCCUGUCGACGACCCACCACCGUUCGUCGAGAACAGCUCACGAACGAUUUCUGUUGUAACUGAAGAAAAUAUAAUCUGUUGCUCUUGAAUCUGACGCAAGCCGUUCUUUCCACCCGCAUAAAAAAGAAAACAACACUUCCGUUCGCGCACUUCUCGAUUCAUUUACGUCUGUGCCAUGUCGCGGGAUCGAACGUGCACCGCGACGAUCCGAUCGAUCGGUGCUUUCAUCUUCCGUUUCGUUCGACUCGUGUUAGCGUGGUCCGAUAUAUCUUGUCAUGUAAAUUAAGAAUGUGAUACGCGAUAUUAUAUUGAUAGAUCGAUGAGCGAGUCGGAAACUAUCGGAACCAAUUUUGGUAGACGCCGGCUCUCGUUCGUCGUCGAGAGAAACACUUGCACGGACAACGAUCGAGCUAAAGAAAAGAAAUCCGAAUAAAAUUCGUGAAUGUCGAUCGAUCUGUACGAAUAAUAAAUACCAUCGUAAACGUUAAAUUAUAUACAGUCAGUGCAAGAAGUAUUCGUACAGCAACCGAUUUAAAAUAAAUGGUUCCUGUACGGAUAUUUAUUACGCAUUUUCCAAUUGUACGAGAACAAAAUUUUCACGUAAAUAUUUUCGCGAGUAUCGCUUUUGAAUCGAGAGCGUUAAAACGCGCGUUUAAUUAUCCAUUUCACAGGAACGUGCCUGUACCUAAAUUAAAUUUGAUCGUCACGACGGUAAUCGAUUCCAAAAUAUCGCUCUCGUAGUCGAUCAAGCGCACCUCGACUCUCUCUAGAGAGUAAAGAGGUGGCACACUGUUUUUCGUCGCUGUAUUCUCUCGACGGCCGACUGCCGACGGUGUUGCUUAUUUAAUUAGACUUCGGAUGAAAACGAGUUGAGUAUUGGUGCGUUUUAGCGCCGGCGAGCGAAAGGGAGGAAGGGAGAAAAAUUAAAAAAUUAUCGUCGGGAAACGAGCCGAGUUGUUCCAUCGUUGUGUUCCGAUUUUUCAAAAAAAAAAAAAUAAAAAAAUAAAAAAAUAAAAAAUAAGCAAAGAAUAGCGGAGAUUCUUCUAAAGAUCUUUUCCGACGAAAAACGGAAUUCGACCCCGAAAGAACGGCGGAAAAGAAUUUGAACCGGAGGACGCGCGUCGUUCGGGACGAACAGAUUUUUUUCGUAAUUUUUAAUCAAGCCGACGAAUCAGGACAACGACGGGAACGGAGACGCGGUGGGCUCGCGCUUUCGAGCAUUUUCUUUUCUUCUAAUCGAGGGAAACACGCGUAUACCCGCGUCGUUGAGGCUGAUCGUAACGAACCGAGAGAAAAGUCUGAUAUACAGAAGCGUGUUACGAACGAAACGAAAACGAAAGAAUAACGGGGGAGUGUCGAAACGGGGAGGGGCAGGAGGAUGAGGAGGGGUGGGGGCGGAGUGAGCGGAGAAAAAUACACAAAGAAAAUAAAACGCGGAUUAUAAUAGAGUAAUGUAUUUUAUGACAGGUUUUAAUACGGUAUUGAUAGCGAUAUUUAACUGUAACUGAUAAAUAAAGGCGCUAUUUAAACGUGAGAAAUAAACGAAAUAAGAAAAAAAGAAAAAAAACGUAUGAACGUCACACGGUAAUGGUAAACUAUACGCUACUAUAAGGAUAACGAUUUACGCUAGGCGAUUAGACGUGCGAUCGACGUCGAGACAGGAAAGAGAAUGGACGGGAAUAGGAGUUAUUAAAAAAAAAAAAAAAAAAAAAGAGA